AUGGUUUCUUUUCAUUAUUUACUAUCACUUUUGGUUGCCAUUCAACUAAGCUUAUAUGGUUCUAAUUCCCUUGUAUUAGGCUUAAAGAAGAUCUGUACAUUGUGUAAUGGGCCCACGGGGGAACCCAAUGGCCACAGAGGUGAACGUUUAUCAAGGGAGGAGAUCACAUCCGUGUUGGCUUUAGGUGAACCCUGUGGGGUUUACACUCUACCUUGUACACAGGGUCUUCGGUGUAUCCCUCCUCUUGGAGAGCAAAGCCCCCUUCAGGCACUGCUUCAAGGACGAGGGGUCUGCAGAAACAUCAAAAGUACCUUUACUGACAUCCAUCCACCUACAGAUUAUCAUCAAUCAAUCACUGAAAACAAUGAAAAGGGUCCUUGUCGCAAACUGCUAAACACAGUCCUCCAAAGUAUAGAUCUCACAAUUAUUCAUUCACUUCCGGACAUCUACAUCCCCAACUGUGACAGACAAGGGUUCUUCAGGAGGAAACAGUGUCGGUCAUCAAGAGGAAUGCAAAGAGGCCACUGCUGGUGUGUUGACGAGAAAGGAUCAAAAAUCUCAUCCCGUAAAAGGAGUGACGGAACUAUCUCAUGUAACAGUGCCUGAGAAUUGUGAUACAACCUGACUUCUAAUGUAAAUAUGGACCUAGAUUCUGUUUAGUAAGGACUGAGACAGAGUCAGCAAAAGAGAUGACAGACACUGAGAACUCUAUGACAACAAAG